UCCGUUUUACAAACUAGCGCACAUUGUCACAUUGUUAGAUUGCAAAUAGUCAUUGGACUUUAUCCUGCCUGGGAAAAAUGGAGGAUUUGGAUGCUCUCCUUGCUGACCUUCAAAUCACAUCCCCUGCCCAUUGCCCCGUACUGUUGACGGAUUCUCCUGGUAUGCCUGAGAAUAGAGAAUCACGCCCUCCACCACCACCAUAUGAACCCCAGAUUUCAAGCUCAGAGAAUCACGGAAACCAAGCCCAUCUUUACAGCACAGUACAGAAGAAUCCUUCAACUAUGGCUACUCCUGUCAUUGGAGUAGGACUAUGUGAGCUUGACAGAUUACUCAAUGAACUAAAUGCGACUCAGUUUAACAUAACAGAUGAAAUCAUGUCCCAAUUCCCAUCAGGAAAGAAGUCAGAACUGCAGAAAGAAGAGGAAAAGAGGGCAUUAACGGCCUCUUCUGCUACACUGGAACUCGACCGUUUGAUGGCAUCCCUGUCUGACUUUCACAAACAGAGCACGGGAUCACUAGUACAGCAGGAAUUGGAGACAAACUGUUGUCCUGAGACAAUACCUGGUCAAACAUUUUCUGAAGGAAAGUGUCACAGUUUUGAUCCUGUGACCAGUCCUGAAAGUGUCAAGAUACGUAUUCCAGACAGCUUGGAGAAGGCAUCAGGACCUUUGGCAAUGGACUCCUCAAGCUCUGCUGUAUUGGACAAAGAGUCAGAUAUGUGUGCGAGAAUACCUGAUCCUCUAUGUACAGCUGCAUUAUCCGGUCCUAAAAGCUUGGAAGAUCGACCUUGUCCAGAAAGCGAACUUGACUCUAUGAUGGUAAAACUUCAGUCUGGGCUGAAACUUCAAGGGAUUGAAACUCAGAGUAAAGGCCUGUGUCAGAGCUGCCAGCGACCCAUAGCCGGACAGGUUGUGACUGCUUUAGGACAUACUUGGCAUCCCGAGCACUUUGCCUGUGCCCACUGCCACACACUGAUUGGCAGCACUAAUUUCUUUGAGAAGGACGGCCACCCAUAUUGUGAACGAGAUUAUUUUGCAUUACAUGCUCCACGAUGCGCAAUGUGUGACUCGCCCAUCCUGAAGAAUAUGGUUACGGCACUUGGUCGCACUUGGCAUCCAGAGCAUUUUUGUUGCAAAAUAUGCAGAAAACAAAUUGGUGAAGAAGGGUUCCACGAGAAAGAUGGCGUUCAGUACUGCGCAGAUGAUUAUUUCCGUCUUUUUGGCGCUGUGUGUGCCGGCUGCACCGAGCCGGUGAUGGAGAGCUACAUAUCAGCACUUGGUGGUCUGUGGCAUCCCCACUGCUUCGUGUGUAAUGUUUGUCACACGCCGUUCAUCAAUGGAAGUUUCUUUGAAAAUGAUGGCCUUCCUCUGUGUGAAACGCAUUAUCACUCCUGCCGAGGCUCGCUGUGUGCAGGAUGUGACCAGCCAAUAACAGGUCGUUGUGUAACUGCAAUGGGCAAGAAGUUUCACCCUCAGCACCUUAACUGCACCUUCUGUCUCCGACAGCUGAACAAAGGGACCUUCCGGGAGCAUGACAGCAAGCCAUACUGCCAAGCUUGCUAUGCUCGACUUUAUGGGUAGAAAUGUGAUUUUGCAGUGUGGUACCGGAGUCCUAAUGCAAUGGAGCCUCUGCUUGCCAGUCAGUAUGUGAAGAUGCUGAGACUGGUAGAACGGUCAUCUAACAUCAUGAAUGGCAUGUGGAUGUGGCUAUACCACGAGAUAAUGUUAGACCCAAUACCUUCCUGACAUGGGAAUUAGCUUGCAACUUAGCAGUCUGCUGGCUCUUAGGAUGGACCAGAAGGGCCAUGUGAACAAAAAGUGAUUUAGCACCAAAGUCCUAUAAUUGGAACAAUCAACGUGACAGAAUGUUCCUUAGGCUUCACAGCUGAUUGUUCCAAUUUUAAACUUUUUUUUCCUUCAUAAAUAUAGCCAUAAUGUUUAUAAAUAGACUUUCAUGCUUUGGUAACAUUCUAAGGAAUAAAAACAGGGACAGCUUUUAUUUACAGGGAAAUGUGGGUUAUUUGAUAUAGAUAGGCAGCUCCGUGUCUUUAUAUGACCAAUUGCUCUGCAGUCGAUAUGCUGACUAUGUUACAAUACAGCACAAUGCCCUGUGGAUAAACACACGAUCUGUCAGACUGUAAGGCACAGAUUGUAAGGGAAUCCAGGAACCGCCCUGUAGGGGGAGCCAGCACAUGCUCUAUCGGACUGUAGGGCACAAUUCCUGGUAGGGGAAUCUGGUUCUCUCUCUGUCACAGUAUGAUACAAUGCUCUCAACUACCACUGGAAAAUCUAGGAUAUGAUCUCUAGGCAAUAUGUGAUCUCUAGGCAAAGCUUGCACAUAGUGUGACUAUAAGCCAAGCAAUCUGCAGAAGGAGCCGGUAGUGACUGAAUGGUCAGUGGUCUGUACGGGGUUCCAGUGUAUGCCUUUGUGACUAUUUGGUCAAUCGUCUGUAAGUAUUGCUGGUACAUGACUAUGUGACUGUAUUGUCAGUGGUUUGUAGGGGGAGCUGGUACAUGCCUGUGUGGCUGUGUGGUCACUGGUAGAUGCCUGUGUGACUGUAUUGUCAGUGGUCUGUAAGGGGAGCUGGUAGAUGACUGUGUGGCUGUGUGAUCAGUGAUCUCUAUAGGGAGCCUGUACAUGACUGUGUGAUUAUAUUGUAAGAGGUCUGUAGGGAGAGCUGCUAGAUGCCUGUGUGGCUGUAUUGUCAGUGGUCUGUAGGGGGAGCCAUUAGAUGACUGUGUGGCUGUGUAAUCAGUGAUCUCUUUAGGGAGCCGGUAAGUGACUGUGUGGUUAUAGUAAACAGCAAUUUUUUUAAUGUUUGUUUAAAAAAUAUAUGCUCUAACAUUUCCCAUGUCCCUCACUAUGAAUAAAAUAAACGGUACACAU